AUGCCUGUAGAGACAACACAUUCAAUCAGAGACAGGUCUGCAGUGGGUCGCUUUCCAACCGUCACUCUCUUCGGGGACGACUCAGAUGAAGAGUUAGAAAAAGAAGAGGAGGACAAUAACGGAAAAGAAAAUGGAUGUCAGCGUUGGCUGCGUAAAGUCUGCCCGUGCUGCUGUCCUAAAACAAUUGAUGAUGAUGUCACAGAAACUGUGGAGACAGCCCUUGAAUAUACCGAUAAAGAGGAAGGGGGGAAACUGGAGCCAGAAACUAACGAGCUCAACGGUAACCUAAGUCUUAAUGAGCCAAGCAGUUUAUCUUUCCGACAGGUAAACUAAAUGUUUGUUUUUCUCCUGCAGAACUCCUCUUGAAGGUGCAGUCAAUAGAUUUGAUGAAAAGUAAAUCAGGGCAGAACCGCACAGAACACCACACAGAUGUGUACCAGAGUGAAAACUUGAUCAUCCGCAGAGGACAGACCUUCCAGAUGUGGAUCACAUUAUCUCGAGCGUUUGACCCGAGUACCGACAAACUUCACCUGGAGCUCAAAACAGGUCAGUCAGAGUCAUUAGCAACAAUAUAGACACAUUCUGUGACUUGAAGGCAGUUUGGAAGACUUGUGCACAUUGUUUCUUCAGAACACCAUAAUAUAAAGAAUGUCCAGGUCCUCACUCUUCUAACUUUGGCUGCAGAGUUACCCUCAAUUUCCACCACCGGAACAGCAACGAAAAGGCCAUAUCCGCUGAUUGUAACCAUUCAAGUAAAUGUGUCACUUUCCACCAGCUUCUUUCCCUUCCACUGCAGAUCGCAGGACUCCGCAGCUGAUCGCAAGAGUUCGAUUACUGAAAUUAAACACUCUGUGUUUCAAGCGGAUGGUAUUUCACACCAUGCAAAUAGGCGGGGACGUACAAGUGAAAGGUUUUUUGACAGCAUUUCACCCCAAUGACACCAUGGAUGAGAAGAUGCUGAUGCUAGAAGUCUAGAAGUGGAUUUCCUCCUCAGGAGGGACACAAUCUACUGCUUAUAUGGUUAUGUGACAACUCGUUAUGCACAUGAAUCCGCGGGUUCUUGUGAGUUCUCGCGAUUCCCGCUGUCCGUAAUGCGCCACGAAAUUCGCCUCACAAACAGAUCUGGUAGGUAUUGGCGGACGGCGAAAAAUCGCAACUCAUGAUUUUGUGUGUUUCUAGAAUAAGCUGUACGCCUCUUUAUAGUAACUGAACAGACUCCAGGUCUUUCAUUGUAACAUACAUGAAGUGCUCAGCAAAGAUCGUAAACACAAAGAAAGAGCCAUGGUAUGUUCACAUUUCUUGUCCCCUCCUCCUCUUCAGGGUUUGCCACCUCUUUCACACAUAUCUUCCUCCUCUGCCCGUCUGAUUGUCUCCAUCCAUCUUUGGGUUAAACUCUCCUGGCUAAUGUAGGUGUUUUCGCAUCAUUAGACACAACUGUUUGUAGUUUGGGGCGUAAACUAGACACCUGUGGUCACCGUUAUGCAGCACAAGUACAGAGUCAAACUGUCUUAGCUGUGUUCGGAAGUGCAAAAUGGUCAUCGUUUGAUUCAAAGAAAGGGAUAUGGUGUUGUAGCAAUUGUGAAAAACUGUACACAGCUCUGGGAAAAAGGCUGCUUUUAGCCUUGUGUGAUGCGAUUGUGUUGUUCUGACAGAGGGAGUGAAAUGAAAAAGGUAGUAACCAGUGUGUCUCAGGUCACGGGCAAUAUGUUAGGCUCUACAGCAACAGCAGGUUUGACAGAUGUCUUCAAUCGCUGGCAGCUGUGUCCUCGCGAUGUUCAGGGCUGCUCUGUUGAUCCUGUGAAGUGCCCUUUGCUCCUUUUUGGUAUGCUGUUAAACCACGCUGUGAUUCAGUGAGUGAGGAUCCUCUCUACAGUGCACCUGUGGAGGUUGACCAGGAAGAUGUCCAGAAACCAAAAUAUAUUACCUCUUUUAAAGAAGCUGAAGUACUGCUCUGCAGAAAAUUCAAUCUAAGCAAGUGUUGGUAUCUUAUCUAAAAAAGUUUCAAGCUACAUUCACCGGACAAGUCCAGGAUGAUACCUUAUUUCUGUGAAUGUGUAAUGAGUACAAAAAGAAAUCUGAGCAUGGUAAGAGAGAAAAAUGCUGUACAGCUUCUUGGAAGAAUUAUCUUAUUACAAGAAACUUAAAAAGUAAUUUUUGAAUGAGAUAAAAAAAAAUAAAAAAAACAAUAAAUUUACAAAUUUCAAUUCAGUUACAGUAGACAAAAAAAAAAUAUAUUUUUUUCUUAUUUCAUUUGGAGAUUUUCAUUGUAAGCAAUUUAGCUUUUUUAAAUUGGGAUACUGUAAAUCUUAAAAGACCGAGAUUCAAUGAAGACUGGCUUUCACUUGUAUAUAGAAAUAUGGAUGAUGACACUCCACCAUGCGUACCUUCUGUACAGUAAGGCUGUAACAGUGUUAUAUCUAAAGUGAACUAUACCACGGACCAGCAGUAUGCUUCAGUUUUCUAUUUUACUGUGAUUGAUAUUACCACUCAUUUUUAGCAUGUCCACUUUCUGCUGCUCCAAACUGCAUUGUGACCUCUAAUCCUGGACACAUUUAAGUCAAUGCACUCCCAGUAUGUGGUAAAUUGGACAAAAGGGAAAGUCAAUAAGAGGGGUCCCUUCACGCUGAUAAGCCAAACCUCACAGUUUAAUCACCCUUCUCUCUGGAGCAUGCAGGAAAACCAAAUUCUGAAAAAUAAAUUAUCUGUUGUGCAUAAUGGCAUCAUGAUGCUUAUAAAUACUCAACAGUUGGUAAAAUGUCCCCCUAAUGUCCCGAUAUGUGGCCUAGUUUUUUUCAAUAGAGCAAGCCUGCCUCAUAUAAAGGCCUGGUACCCCAGGCUGUAUAUUUGAGGAUAUACUGCAAGACAUAAUUUGGACUUGCAGGUAAAUGUGAGGGAUUUUAGUUUUUGCAGUGUGAUUUGGCAAUUGUAAUCAUUACUGUCUGUUAAUUCCCUGUGGUUUGUAAAAUUAGGAAAUAAGAACUUGCUUACGAGGUGAAUUGAAAAUGUAAGAAUAUAUCCUGACUAAAAUUGAGAUUUUACAGAAAAGACAUGAGUUGUUGCAGUGACACUGAAUGGUUAGUGUUUUUGAAUACUAUAGUCUGAAUGAACACAUUUCCUUUAUAAUUUUGACAAUAGCUGUCCUAAUAUUUGACUCUAUUCUGAGCUCAGGAUGACAAAGACUUCCCUCUCUUUUCUUUUCGGUCAGAAUGAAGAAACAGGAUGUACUAGGAGAAGUGUUUUGUGUCUUUAUGUCUUACAGUGUUAAUUUGUCUGCUUUUGUGUGUGUAUGUGUGUGUGCAGUGUAUGGACUGUGAUGGAUUUAUAGAAAGACAGAGGGGGAAGCAGAUUGGAGGGAGAGAUUUUUGGUUACUAUUGCUAUGGGAACAGUCCUAGUUGCUAAGCUCCAGUCCUCAGUCCUUCUCUUACUAAAAACCUUGUCUACAAUUCUCAGCAUCAUUCAGCCUGGACCGAGAGUCAGAGCCUGAGCAGCCACCUGUUUACCCAGAGUUCAUUUCUGCUGCCUCUGACACUGUAAGACAAAUAUAGAUCCAGUAAUUACAGCUGAGUGUGAUAACCAGCCGGGCUCAGAGAUAAUAAUUACUACGUCUCCUUACAUAAAGCCUGUGUGCAUGUAGCAGGGAUAAAAACUUGACCCUGUGUCUUACUCUGAGGAUGUUUUUUAUGCAGAUAAAGUAAAUAAAAUUGUGACAUCUAGUGAAGAGAAAUUAGGUAAUGACUUUAAUUAGGUCAACAAUGAGAGAAAAAAAAACAAAACAAGGUUGACUUUAAGACAGAGUCCACAGAGAGAAAAACAAGCAGGGACCAUGAAAAAAAAAAAACACAAUUCAUUCUUUUGAUCAUUUUAAACCAAUAAAAUUGUCCUUACAUCAACAUUUACGUUGUUGUGUUGUUCUGAGCUCCUUAUUAAAAGAAACCAAGGCUCACAAAGAGGAGACCAAAACUAAAAAGACCUGUAGACCCACUCUAAAAUAAACAACAGAUAGGAAGGUCCUGGGCCGACACACAGCCCACGGAACCUUACCUGCAACAAAAAAAAGUACACUAGUACACUAGACUACAAGUAAUCUCCAGCCCAGUCUAAAGCCUAAAACCCACAGGAUGUGUUGGGCAUGUUUUGUCACCAUUGUGUGCAACACAGCAAAUACAUUCCCAUUCCAAUCAAUGUAGCGCACACACAGGAUGUGUCCCAGAAGUGUCUCUAUGCGCUGCUCUGAAACGCGUAGAGUCUUUUCUCGGUUGAACAUGUGCCCAGCAUGUGUCAAUCUGCACAGAGAAGAUUGUCCUUGACAGGAUGCCACACUUGGGAGAGGCACAUUGAACAUAGUUUAUCAGUCAAUCAAAACCUUAUUUAAACAAAAAGUGACACAACUAUUCACAACAGAAAACAUCAGUACCUGAAAUCAACCACUGACUUGAUUAAAACUUGACAUCAGGUUCAGUGUCAGCUCUGAUCUCCUCAUUUAGUAACAAACACAAACAUUCUAAUAAACUGUGACCAUGAGCAAUCAUUUAGUCAUUUAUUUAAAAAAAAAAAACGUCCAUCUGUCACAGCAGAGAUGGGCAGACAGCAGUAGCAGCAGCAGCACACAAUGCCAGUUUUAGUCCUCUGAAACUGAGAAUCAUACCAGCACUCCAAAAACGAUGGACAUCCAUCUCAAAACAAACAAACAAAAAAAGACAGAUUUCAAACCUGCUCUCAGCCCAAACACUGUACCCCCAGCCCACAGCCCCCCCAGCAUGGAGCUGAUCACAGCCCAGUCUGAAACAGUGUUGUUCUUUAUAAUUCAAGUAGAAGCCAAUGACAGCUGAGAGCUCCAGCUCUGAGGUCUACUGAUCAUUUUCAAACUCUGGAGCCCCACAACUACUCAGAGAGGCAGCAAUUUUUAUAACACCUCACAGAUUGGAAGUGUGCAGAAGAUUGAAAGGCAAGCUGACAAUUUUGUUGUUGUGAGUCUCACCUGAAGCUGUUUUUCUGCUCCUGAGAGGUGAAGAUGAAAGUCCCAGAUGUUGGUUGCAUCAGGGGGAUUUUUCACGCCAAGGAGAAGAAUGGUUUCUGAACAUUUCAUGAAAAUCUGCCUCUGAAAUAGUGAGAAAAACAGUCGAUAUUUUAACUCCUCUGUCCAAGAGAGAAGCUCAGGGAGUGGUGUUAAGGGGAUAUUUUGAUGUUUGGGGACACUUUUGUUGUCAGAAGUCUGAUGCCAAGGCCAGUUUGAUGUUUGGAUCCAUUCAGUUGUAGUUGCAGUCUGUGGCAGCUUUUAAUCUCUUUUUUUAUCCAAUUUGUGCAAGAAGCAGGAACACAAAUAUCUGACAGAGAUAAAAUGGUGAUUCAACUGCAAUCUAAUUCUGCAAGAAAGCACAGAGAUUUUCCUCAAAAUUUAAUCUACACUUUUUUCAUUUUAGAUGCAUUUCACAGCGUUUUAUUUAGUCUUUUUAUGGUUGCAUCAGCAGUAGUGCUUUACUCUGUGUUUCACUCAGUCCCAAACUGCAGGCAGUGUUCAGGUUACUUCAUGUUCACUCGUAGGUAGGUAGGUAGGUUUGUUUGGCAGCAGGCCGAUGACAUCCAGUUUGACAUCCAAUUACAUAACAACCAUUACUGGAAAUGAGACAAAACAAUCAAAAUACAGACCAUGGAAAGAAUGUUUCAGACUGAGUACGCUUGCAGAAAAAUUGUUGAUGUAGUCACUGUUUCAGAAUUUUUGUUCUAGUACAAUAGGCUUCACUGUUAAGCUUUAUCAUGUCUGUAACCAACAAGCCUUUAAAGUGCCCACACAUGAUAUUUAAAUGUGAAAUAAACACGACAUUCACAAUGAAAGGAUAUUUCCUCAGUCUAGUCCAUGUGCUCUCUUGAAACAGAUGUAGCAUGUCCUUAAUGGCCUCCAUAUCUCAAACAGACCUGUCACUUCCAGCAGACCCAGACUCUGUUUAUCUAAACUCCAGCUGAUGACAACAUAAAUCCCACCUGUCUUAACAGUUGGCCUCUCACAACCCCCACACUCCAACCAUUGGAAGGGCUAACAUAACAGAUCAAGUGUUUCAAGUUCUGUUUCAUCAGCUUUGCCAUCAACAGUCACCUCUGUCCCGUGUCAGGUGAAAGUAGAGGGAAAAUUCUUGAAGCUAUCCCCAUUUGGGUCAGUCUGUAGGCUGUAUCUCCCAAUGCUUUUGUAUUUCCAUGAGGGGAGAGAAAACAGAGAGAAGCAUCUGUUGAAAGAUGAGAUAAGACAAGACAGGCAAGUUGAGGAAAAAAGUCUGUUUAAGCUCAAGCUUCUGGGUGUAAUCGUUCACUUUUCCUCUUCUUGUUUUUAUGAGAAAAGAUAAGACUGACAGGGUGAUCGAGAGGGGGAUGGUCUGUAGAUGGAUGUUACAAAAGUGAAGAGAAGGCAGAGCUGGGGUGAUGAUCCUGUUUGGGUAUAUCGAGCUUUUGUCCACUAUGUUAGACAGAAUCCUUAACCUCCCCUUACUUUAGCAAUUUUCAAAGGAAAAGUGGAGAAAAAAGAAAUGUAAGGCAGAGGGCAAAGACCAUAAGGCCAGGUCCAGAAGCCUGUUUGUUGUACUCUCUACCUUCCUCUACAUCCAUUUUUAUGAGGUGCAAGAGAUAAAAGCAACACAUAGAGGAGUCAGUCAGGAAAUGUGAAAGAAAAGACAAGAGAAGGAAACUCCAAAGGCUGUACACGCUACCUUCCUGAAUACCUCUGUUUUCAUGAGAAUAAAGGUCCUUACACACCGGGAGCAAUGCAAAUAUACAAUGCGAAAUUACGAAAUAUUCAGAGGCAAAUUUUUACAUGCCUGGCUAUACAUAUCAAGCAUGAUAUGAUUUUGCGACUUUCUGGGGGGGAAAAAAGACAUGUCUCAGGUGAAAGCGAGAAGACUGACACAACACCAGACUGACUUUUGUUCAGUUCUGUUUAGACACCAGUGUUGAGAUGGCUGUCUGUCAUGAUAGCAUGUUCUGAGUCGGGGUCAGUACCAGAUAAGCACAUUAAAACAUAAUCCAUAAACGUAAGGUAACAAUUGAGAGCUAAUGGUGCUGUGACAGCAACGCUGUGAUUAAGUUUGAGACAGUGAAAAUACAUAUGCUAUGUUGUAUCUGAGCAGGUUAUCUUAUGAGCUCCAGUUACUUAGCACUGAUGAAAGUUUAAACAAAGACAUUUAGCAAACCGUUAAAGUACACAAACCAUCGUCAAACGAGAAAUCCGAUGCUAUGACUCUUCACAAGUUGUCCUUCAGGUCGUUAUCUUUGUAAUGUUUGUGUCUUUUAUCAGAAAGCACUCUGUUCUCUGACACUUAAACAAUCAGCUGGUCGGCCAUGUUGGAUAUACCGGUGAAUCAGACGUCGCAACAACACGCAAUCUGAUUGGUCAGACGUGGACACACAGUAUGUGAAACUUUAGAAAAAUCAGCUGUGAAAUGAAAAAACAAAAGCCGCAAUACUGCAGGACGGGAAAACGUUGCUGAUGUGAACAAUUGUAUUGACAGGAUACGUGUUCGAACAAAAAUAUUGACGUCCAAAAUAAUCGUACGAAAAAAAGGGUCCCGGGGGGAAAGAACCUUAAGAGUCUACAGAAAAAUGAAGUAAGAGGGUCGGAGACAGCAGGGUCAGAGUCAUAGCACUGCUUUAUCUCAAGCUCAGCCCUGUCAGGUAAACCUGUACACCCUACCUCCCCUUCAUACCCCUUUUCGAUGAGGAAAGAGAGAAGAGGGGAAAGACAGUGAGAAUGUUCCUUUGAAAGAAAUUAGGAAAAGGCAGAGCUUUAGUUUAAAAGCCUGUUUGGGCUCCAGCUUGGCCCUGCGGAGUUCGGCUGUACACAUUACCUCCCCCUACUCCCCUAUUUCCAUGACUGAAAAGAGGAGAUAUAGAGAGGGUGAACUUUAAUCUUUUAGUUUUGUUUUGGCCUCUUUCUAGCAUUACUUCCUUUUCAUCCAGAUCCACUAACUUGUUCAAACUGUUUUGUUUGGCAUCUCCUCCACUGCCUCUGUUAAAUUCUCUCUGUGUACCCCAAUAAAGCCAGACCAAAUGUAUGUUUAAAGCAGGAGAAGAUUAGCAGAAUUAGCAGAAUGGAUUGAGCCUCAGUUUCCCGGCUGCUUUGGGAGAUUAUCUCAAGCAUUUCUUUUUAAAGUGACAUUUUUAUCUCACUCAUUACUGUGACGUCUUUAUUUCACUCAUGGCCGUUACGCAAAUACAAGCCUUCAAUCAAUCAGCCUACAAAAAACCUCAAGGUAACAUGGCAAGAUGGUGACUCGCUUCUGUAAAAGCGUUGGUAAACACAGAAAACAAAGGCACGCUCACACCCACAGAGGAUGGAGGAUCAAAAUCAGGGAGGGGUGAAGUUUUCCACGCUCAAAUCAAGCAAAACUAAGCAGCAGGAGUUUUGUCCUCAUUGAACCCUCCCAACAAAACUAAGAGAAAAUCUGAUCCGUGACAUUAGUCAAGACUGAGGUUUGGCUGAGAUUAUCUGAUUGGGACAUUAGGGAGGGACCUUAAGCAGAUGAAUAGGGGCAUACUGGUGCCAUCCUGUUAAUCAUUGUACAACAUUAAGUUUUCAGGCUGGUUCUAGCAUGCAGGCUUGUAACAGGUACAACUAGAUAUCAAUCAGGGCUGAUUAGUGAAGGAGAGACAUGGAAAGAUUUGGCAACUACAGGGCUGUUAUGUGAUAUCUGACAUUCUGCUUAAAGAUGUCCAUUUUUUUUUGGUUCAGAAUUUUCAGCAUGAGAAAUUCUUUGUACCAUGUCUGACAAACCAUAACAAAUGAUCCCCAGUCAGGACCAAACCUGUCAAGUUUUUGGUGACAGAGUUCAGUUUGGAGAGGCAGAAUAAUGUUUUAUUCAUAUAUACAUAAAUUAUAAUACAGGUGAUUUGUGGGACAAUACUAAUAUGGCAAGAUGGGGGGGAAGAGGGGUAAAAUACGGUAGUUUCCCAGCCAAAACAGGAUACUUGACAGCUAUGGUCAGGACAAAUGUGCUGCAAACAAACAUUACAUAUUCAAAAACACAUUUGCAAGCAUAAAAGAAAUACAAUGACAAAAAUUCACAGCAAAAAAAUUAUGCAGCAAGGAGAGAAAAAAACUGCAAAUGUGCUGCAAGUACACAAAAAAGAAACCAAGCUCUAUUUUAGGAGCACUGUUACGCUUCAGCACUGCUCUUUUCCUUUAUUGUCAACAGCUGUGAAAUGAGUACUGAUCCACACAGUCCCCCUCUGCUCCUGAGGAUACUUUCUGACCUAGCGCUUCGUGAACAACUCAGUUCUUGGUAGUUUGAUGAUGAAGAUGAUGAUAUGGUGGUUUUAUGUUGAUGUUAAUUACAAGUAUAGUUUCAAGCAAGGACACACCCAGUAUGUUGUCCGCAAGUGGCAGCUCUACAUCUGACUGCUGCCUGUGAUUCAUUAAAAGUCUUCACACUCAGAGUCUGUGUUUCAACAUUCUUCAUUAAAUUCAGGUCAAGUGCAUCGACGCAGUCUGAAAUGGCAGUGAGGAUGAUCAUGUAGCUUUUUCACUAAGUAGAGAAAAAAAUUAAACAUGCGUGCACAUGCACAAAUUCAUUCAAAAUGUGCCUUUAGGAAAAAGUCUGUGUAUGCCUGGAUUCAUUAUUUAUUCAUAUCGUAGAUUAUUGCUGUCCAUUUUUCACAAAACUGCUUUUUUUCCCACUUUGAAAGCAGGUAUAGCACACUCAGGAGCACAGAACAGAAAAACUGAAUCAUAUAUCAGAGCUAUAUAUCCUUGUCAGACAGUAGCAAAUGGCUCCAAACCUCGAUCAUCAAGCAACACACCCACUAUUGUCUGAAAAGGACUUAAGUUUUCUAUAUAAACAGAUUACACAACAAAUUGGGCCAUAGACGUCAUCUGUCAAAUCCAGUUUCAGUGUUACCUCCUACGAUGAGGCAACCAUUGAUAAUCGUUUGCUUUAUUAUUGAUGUUCUUCAAAAAAAUUUAAAAAUCCUUUUCAUUUUUGUGCGUUGCCUUUGACACUGUUUGGCAGUACCUGCGUCAAAAUGGACUUAAAGCACUCGUUGCUCUUACUGAUCUUGUUUCCUCUUGUCUAGAGCUUUGUUUGUGUUGUUCUUGUUCCCGAAUGUGCGUCGCUUUGGAUGACAGAGUCUGCUAAAUGACAUUGUUACAUUGUGAGUCAGACUGUGAGCAAUGACAAUUGCACACAAAAGAAAGUCUUGGCCUUGAAACCUAUUCUGUGCUGAUCUUAACUCUGCUGGUUACACCUACAGAUCACCCAAAAUUUGUAGCUUCUAUUGGCCGUUCUAACCCCGUCAGUCAAAGGCUGACAGGUUCUGAAAUAUAGUGUAUCUGCUUGUAAAGUAUUACUGAACUGUUAAAUGCAAGGUUUGAAUAGGUGAUUUUCUUCCCAGAGAAAUAAAAAACAGGAUUUGCUUGGAUCCCCGCCAAGAUUUACAGUUUCUUUCAACACCAACCACAAACAGCUGUCAGAAAUGUUUUUGUAUGGAGCAGUUCCAAAUUGAUCGAAUGCUGUCAUGACAUGCAUUUGUUUGUGUGUGUGUGUGUGUGUGUGUGUGUGUGUGUGUGUGUGUGCGUGCGUGCGUGCGUGCGUGCGUGUGUGUGAAGAAAGUCCCUGGUUUCUGGUUUCUAUUUACAUAAACAUUCCCCAGGUGAGGUUUGCAGGUGUGGUUGUAAAUGGAUGUGCUGUGCUUCACUUGGGCUCGGUCUGAACAACAGAAGCUUUUACACGCUGUGUGUUCCGUGUGUUCCUCAUGUCUGUGUAACAACUGUGUCCUGUCAUGCCCUCAGGCUCUCUGCCAACCGUGGCGAAGGGAACUCAUGUCAUCAUCCCGCUGGUGGAGGACCUGGAGGACGGCCGCUGGGAGACUGCAAUCGUAAAAAAAGAUGACAAAAAGAUAAAGCUGUCAGUGAAUUCUCCGCCCACAGCCGUCAUUGGUCAAUAUCAACUUACAGUGGAGACGGACUGUCCAAAUGGCCAAGCCUUUUCCACACACAAUCCUGAGAAUGACGUCUACAUUCUGUUCAACCCCUGGUGUGAAGGUAAACCAAUUUCUGCAAAACCACCAUGAUCUCCUGAAUUUGUUUGGAGCAUGCUCAGGGCCUGACAUUUUCCAGAAUUACCUUCACCUAAGUCUUAAAUCAGCCAGUUUUGGUUGUCAUCUCUAGGUUACCUUGUUAGGCUUCAUUAUCCAUGAAAAUAUUGCCUCUGGGCCUUUCUUUGUAAAUAUACCCCUCAUACAGACAUCUAUACUGAAUAUAUUUCACAUAUCUGGACAAUCCAACGUUGUUUUUUGUGCAGAGAAAAACAUGGCAAAAUGAGAAUUUCCUAAAUCUCACAUGAUUGGAAGGGUAACUGACUGUCAGUGUGGUGCCUAACAUUGCAAUGACAGCAUUUUAUAAUUUAGUCAAUUUAUUUUUUAAUUUUUUUGAAAUAGAGGUUCCUGACAAAGUUAAAAAGUCUUGAAACGUAAAAGCUAAUUUAUGUGGUCCUUUUAAGCGUUUAAAAACAAAAAUGGGUCAGUGCAGACCCUAACACAUAAGGAGGGUUAAGUAAGUAAAGACACGAUAAAUAAAGACUGCUUUGUAAAAAUUGACACAAAUCAAAAGUUCCUCACAGGAGCUUUAAGUGUAUUUCAAACCCAGUUUCUAACAGCUUCAUUUGUGUUGUAUGAUGACUGAAAAGUUUUCUUGAAUCUGAGUAAACAGGCUUAAAGAAAGUACAGCAGAAAUAGAGGUCUAAUGAUGGUUUUACAUGAACACAGAGGUGGAGAUGAGCUGACAGGCAGAGCCAACCUGGUUAUUUCUCAAUCUCAGCUAACAGGCUUCGACUUUAUAUUUAAAAGAUCUGAGAGACAUGAGAGUGGUGCUGUUAUUCACCUUUAAUUCUCCAUUAUUAGAAUAUGUCUCUAACUUCCUCCAAGUAAACGCCACAAAGAAACAAAAGAGAAAUGCUCAUCAUGUCUUUUUAAUGGACAUGUGCUGAAACACUCAUCAGGCCUUCAUCAGUCUAAAAGCUUUUUAUCUCAACAAGGCUGCAACAACCACCAUCUCUGAAAACAUUUUAUAAGGCAGAGAAGUGCUGGGAUAAUGAGCAUAAAUAUUUGGAUGAAUACCUGAACGCCUACAACAGGGUUGUGUUUCAUAACUCUGUUUUCAGCUCACUGAAACUAAAGGCAAACUGCAUAGAGAAGAUGUGCAAAAACAACUACAAAAAUGACUAGAUUUUUAUGAGAGUAGUUGAGUAUUUGUGGGGAGUUUUAUUUGCACAGAAGGAAGCCAGUUUUUACCAAUAUAAUGCAAAAAGGCUCGUUCAGAUCGGAGCAAACAGCACUGGUACUCGUAGACACAUUUUGUUCUACAGCACAGUUUGUGCGAUAGACAAUAUUUCCUGAUUAUUAUUCUUUUUCACUUUAAAAGUCACUCUGAUUUUUGCUCUCUCAGAUGACACAGUGUUUAUGGACUCUGAAGACGAGCGGAAGGAGUACGUCAUGAACGACGUCGGCCGGAUGUAUUAUGGAACACAGGAUCAGAUCGGGGUGAGGACGUGGAACUACGGACAGGUAAUGCUGCCCCCUUUUGGUACAUCUCCUUACUGACUGUCUAUUAAUAUUAGGGCCGGCGCAGACGCUGCGAGCAGCGGGAGAAAGCCCUAUUGAAAUUGCAGAAAUUAUUUAUUAUUAUGAUAAAUUUUUAACUUCUGUCCAUUUUUUCACCCUCUAGACGGGCACAAAAGCUCCUGAAAUUUGGCAGGCAUGUUAGGCCCGGCUCAAAUUCGUGUAUUUUGCAGUGCUCCUAUAUAUAUGGCAAAAAAAUGGCUCUUUAGUGCACCCUACAGUUUUAAUGCUUGGGAAGUUUCUUGUAUAACUUCCUGUACACUGGUUUCACCUCCACAAGAUUUUAGUCAUGUGAUUACAGUCCAGCACCGGACAAUUUGACACCAAACUUACGUCCGUAUGUUGUAGCGCCACCUGGUGGCAGAGAUUAAUGCAUUUUUGGUUAAUGGCCUGCAUCUCCUUCUUUAUUGAUGAGAUGCAGCUAAGAUUUGUUCAGGACACACCUGAUGGGGUACAAGAUAAGCCUGAAAAUCAGUACCCUGUUUCAUUUAACUGUGCCCAGGUGGUAUUGGCGCAACACAGCUUGGGCCCAUUGUUAUUAUUAAUAUUAUUAUUUUAUUUUUUUAUUUAUGCAUUUAUUUAUUGAGGUUUUCAAAAAAUUAAGUCAGAACAGGCGAUCAUAACAAAAAACACAAAUUAUGCACAAGCUGAAUGUUCCAAUGCCUGUAGCUUCCCAAAGGCUCGCGCCUCGAAAGCAUGUUCUCUUUACCAAACAUACACACUCAUACCCAGAUGCUCAUAUACACACACAGGCUGAUAAUGAGUCAUGUCACAAAGGAAAAGGAAGCACCGCAAUCUCAUCAAAUUUACACACACGAUCUGUUGCUAUAUGUGGAUCUUUCCAGCAUAGCUUUUUUAGAAGUUCAUUUAACCAUUCUUUAAGGGUAAGAGUGAACAUUUUUCCAUUUACAGUCCAGUACCUCUGAAGCUGCUGCAAAAGCCAAAGUCAUCCAGUUAAUGUAAGGCUGAUGAUCUAAUCUGAAAAAAGUAAAUAAAUAAAGACAGGGCAGACAAACAGCAGGGUUUGGAUUUAUUUGCCAAAUAAAUGCAAAGCAUUGUGCUUUGUGAUCUUGACUUUACUUUUCCAGCGUUUCAUUCUCUGCUGCACCAGUCUGGUCUGAAACUAUGACUUUGAGAGAGGAGGACGCCGUUAAAUGUUCACUCUGUCAAAUACAACAUUUAUCUAAAUUCUAAAGCAAAUAAAGAGCAAAUGAGUCUCAUUAUAGUGUGCCAUUAAUCUGAGAUCAUUUUGCUUACCAGCAUAUGUCCAGGGAUCCCCGGUUCAUGCAACAGCGUUUGUUUGUUUUUCAGGAGCUCCAGCUUGGUUGCUUUCUGUCUGUCAUGCAGCUCCUGUUUGCAUCAAACCAUUGUUACCUGCAACAUUCACAACAUGCCAACCCAAGGGCAGAUUACUUAUGACUUCUUUGCCGAGCACUGUGGGAGUUUUUUAGAGUGAAAUGCACCACUCGAAAGUGCAGUGGUGUUAUUUAUUGAGGCACUUCAACUAUGAGGGACAAAAUAGCAUGCAAGUUUUGAGAAGAGCAUCCCUUUUAGACCUUAAUCAUAUCAUAGUUGUGAGUCAACGCUGACAGCGCUAAGAAAGACAUUGGCAUUGCAGUGAGGCUGUCUGUUUUCUGUUUAAUGAACAUGACAUGCACUGGGAGCCUAAUCAUUUUGUUGUUGUUGUGUUUGCAGUUUGAUGAUGGGAUCCUCGAUGCGUGCCUCUUUGCCCUGGAAAAAAGUGGGACUCCUCCGUCUGGUUGGGGAGAUCCUGUGAAUGUGGUGCGAGUCAUCUCAGCCAUGGUGAGAUUUCAAAAUCUUUUAACUUUCCUUUUGAAGAGAAACCAGCUCUUUGAGAGUCAGGUCACUGUGCAACUUAAACUGAGAAGAAGGAAUAGGUUGCAUGAGCACCUUUCUUUCCUGCUCAGUGCAAACAGUUUGAAUUAAUUGGUCUCAGAAGUGGAGGCGGUGUCAUUAUUUCUUUAAAUCUCAGUAAUACCUAAGUGCUGCUACAUCGCAGGUUAACAAAAUGAAAAUAAUUAGUUAAACUCUCUUCAGUCCUGUCAGCAGUUUCCACAGAUCAAAGCAGCAGUUUAGCAAAAAAAAAAACAAAACUGCAGCAUCCAGAGGUUUAAGGGGAUAGAUUUCCUGUCUGAGCAUUUCAUAGAUGUCCUUUGAAGAUUUGUAAGAGAAACUUUCCUUCUGUGUUCAUCCAGGUGAAUGCUGUUGAUGACCAAGGGGUCCUGGAGGGAAACUGGUCUGGAGAUUAUUCAAAGGGAACCAGUCCAGCACUGUGGAGCGGCAGUGUGGAAAUCCUGACUGAAUAUCAUGAAAAAAAGGGAGUCUCUGUCAAAUAUGGACAGUGCUGGAUCUUUGCUGGUGUCGUCACAACAGGUCAGACUGUGUUUACUUGUUAGUACAAGUAAACAAGUGUGAACAGGUGGAAAUUGAAUGUUAAUGCUUAGCUUUUCCUUCUUUCUUUCCAGUGUUACGGUGUUUGGGAAUUCCCAGUCGACCUGUGACAAACUUUAGCUCAGCUCACGACACAGACGUCUCUUUGACCACAGAUAUUUACCUGGAUGAGAACAUGGAUCCUAUAGAGCACUUCAACACCGACUCCAUCUGGUACAGCCUCCUUUUUUAGAAAACAUGAUAAAGCUGAAUAUUCAGAGAAUCACGAUUUGUGUGUUCACAGGUUUUGAAAGCUGUAGUUUUUUUGUGAGUUUAAUCAAACUCAAAUGGGAUUUUCUUGCCUUUAAAAGAAAUCCUCUAUCUUUAAAACAGAUUUAAUUCAUUAACUUUGGAAAUGUCAGUGAACAAGAGCUAAAGAUUGAAGCAUGGAAGGAUAAACGGAGCAUUUAGACAUAAGUUUGUUAUCUUCAGGAGUUUUUUAGUCACUCCGUUUGGGGUUCUACCCAGAAGUUGCGCCCUUAUGGGCGUCAUAUCCAAUGACCGUGUUACCCUUUGCUGAGUUUGAUUAUGGCAUGUGUCCACCUGCAGGAACUUCCACGUCUGGAACGACUGCUGGAUGGCUCGUCCUGACUUACCUGCAGGUUUUGGAGGCUGGCAGGCCAUCGAUUCCACACCUCAGGAGACUAGCCAGGGAACUUUCCGCUGUGGCCCCGCCUCCCUCGCUGCUGUCCGCCAUGGUCAGGUGUUCCUCAAACAUGACACGCCGUUUGUCUUUGCUGAGGUAUGUCAAAAGAAAACUUUUUGUCAGGUAUAAAGUAAAGUAAAGUUUUGUAAUAAAGUGAACCUCAUCUGUCCUCUAAUGACUGAUUAUGACUGUGACGUGUUUUAAUAAUGAGCCAUAUGGCGUCCAUCAAAGUGAGGUUUACCAUCUGUUCAGAGCUUUCCUGUCACCUCCUCUUUGUUUAAAUGCAGGUGAACAGUGAUAAGAUAUACUGGCAGAGGAAAGAAGACGGGACCUUCAGUAUGAUCUACAGUGAGAAAAAAACAGUGGGCCGCUUCAUCAGCACCAAGGCUGUGGGCUCUGACCAGCGCACGGAUAUCACACUCCUCUACAAACACCCUGAAGGUAAGAAAAUGCCUGGGCUCUGUUUUUACAUAUUCCAGAGUCGAAGUCACUUAAAAGCAUAAAGGGUUAGAUCUGCAUGCAGGGUGUCCUGGUUAUUUUCGCUGGCAUAUGGGUUUGGAUGAAUUGAACAUUUCCAAGCAUGUUCAUAAAAAAAUAAUUAAAAAAUAAUAAUAAUUUAAAAAAAAAAAUUAAAAAAAAGGUCUGCAAAUGAAUUAGUCUGACGAUGACAGGCUCACACAGGCAGAGAAAAAUUAAAAAGGUACAAAUCUUAGCUAGUGCUUUUGUUUUCUGUUCUGGUGAAAAUGUCUUGUUACACCUACUUAAAGCCGAGUCCAGAAAAAGGUUGUAUUUCAAAAUAUUAAGCACCAAAAGCCUUUGAGUGAAAAAAAACAACAACAUAUUGUUCAAUGCAAUAUAAUGUUUUAUGUCACCUCAGGAAUUACACUCAGACUAAUGGCCAAGGACUUGGGACUUGACUUGGACAAGCAAAAAGUGACUUCCAUUCAUCUUUUAUCUACAUUUUACUCUCUGACUCUCUUACGAAGCUCCUUCUGUGGAGAGACCCUAGGCAAGAAACUGAAAAUAAUAGUCUGAGCCUUUCAGUUACUAAAAUAAAAAUGUUAUUUGUAUGCAAGGGCACAUUCUAGGCCAAGAGCAAAAACAAUCCACAGGUGUAAUUUUUAAACUUGUUAAGCUAAAACGACUAAAAACACACAAGGACCAAUGCAAAAAAGCACUGGAGGCAAUGGUCCUGUGUUUUCAAAUGUAAGAGAAUUUUAACCUCUUGUCUGUCAGAAACAGUUUAAUCAUCAUGUCAUAUCCUCAGGUUCAGAGCAGGAACGUAUUGCAGUGGAGACGGCGUGCAGCUAUGGCUCCAAAGCCGAGGCGUACACGCCCCCCACGGCGCAGGACGUCUCUUUGGAGGUGACCAUGGAUGGAGAGGGGCCAAGGAUGGGGAAAGAUGCAGAGCUGAGCAUCAUACUGAAAAACAGCAGCUCAGAGGAUCGUAAGGUGGGCCUGCACAGCCAGGUGGAGGUCAUGUACUACACCGGCGUCCACAAAGCCACAGUCAGGAGGGACACAGUGGAUGUGGACCUGCUGCCAAAUGAGGGUGAGAGACGACUCUUCAUCUGAAGUGCUGCCAGAAAAAUAAACACACCAACACAAACCAAAUAUUUAUUUUUGUUUCUGCAUUUAGAGCCAGAUCAUGAAAGGAAUGGUCAUUUUUGCAGUUUGGUGUUUGUUAACUUUCUCCUGUGUGAUCUGUUCCUGAGCUAACAUACUGAAGUCAAAAAACAGACUUUAACCAAUCAUUGCCUGCCUGCUGUGUCCACAGAGAAGACCCUAGAGUGGACCCUGGAGUACAAAGACUACAAAGACCAGCUGGUAGACCAGGCAGCUCUGAUGCUGACCCUGACUGGCCGGGUAAAAGAGACACAACAGGUCCUCGCCACACAGUUCAGCUUCCGGCUUAGGACCCCAGACCUCCUCAUAAAGGUAGGGACAGUCAAACUCAUGAGGAGUUUAUUACCUUUACAUAAAAAUUUACAUUUGAAUCCUGGUCUAAUUUUGUUCUGCUCAUUUCAGCCGAUUGGGAAGGCUGUGGUUGGGGAGAAGAUGGCAGCAGAGAUUUCAUUCACCAACCCGCUGCCUCAGGUGCUAAAAUCCGUUGCCUUUCACCUAGAGGGACUCGGUCUUCUGAAAGCUCGAAAGAUUCAUUAUGGGUGAGAAAGAAAACUUAUAUCACUCCCUCUCUUCAGCUUUACCUGUCUGUGUUUCUCUUUGUGUGACGCUCCCUGUCAUUUCCUGUCCUCCCUCAGAGAUAUCGCCAGCCUGGCAUCGGUCACUCUGACUGAACACUUUGUCCCCUCCCUGCCCGGACCGAGGAAAUUAGUGGCAUCUCUGGACUGUGGUCAGCUCACUCAGGUUCACGGCGUGUCCGAUAUCACGGUGGAAGAGAAAAAGUGA